AUGUCGGGUUUUACUCCCAGCACAUACCGAGAGGCACUAGAUAGAGCAUUGAUGAUUGAGAUGACACAGCAGCAAGUUUCUCAGGAGCGGGGAAAGGAUAAACAGAAGGCUCAGGGUACAGCUCCAAAUCAGAAACAACAGAACAAGGGUCAAAAAAAGUGGAAGAAAUGGCAGGAAUCCCAAACUACUUCGGGGGAGUCUUAUAGAUCAGCGAAGAUAGGACGAUCAUCAGCUGGGUCAUCUAAAUCUUUUCAGAAAGAUUCAUCUAGUGAGAUUAGAUGCUAUAGAUGUGGUACUGAGGGGCAUGUUAGACCUAAUUGCCCAUUGGGCCAAGACGUAUGCUAUUACUGUAAGCUUCCGAGCCAUGUGACUCGUGACUGCACACUGAAGACACAGAUGGAGGCGACUAAGAGUACUCCACAGGGGAGCCGUACUACUCAGACGCGACAGUCGAAGAGUUCACAGAGGACACAGAGUGCUCCGUAUCAGCAUCGUAUGCCACCUUCUCAGGCACAGGUAUUCAUGGGUACCAAGGAUGAGGGGAUUUCUGUCAUCUCAGCAAUGCAAGCUCAGAGAUUAUUGUCUCAAGGAUGUCGGGGGUAUUUGUUAUCUAUGAUUAAGAUUGAUGAGGAUACUACCACACAGCUUUCUGACAUUCCUAUAGUUCAGGAGUACCCUGACGUAUUUCCAGAAGAAUUACCCGGCUUGCCCCCGAAAAGGCAGGUGGAGUUCACGAUUGAGUUGAUUCCGGGGACAGCACCGGUGUCCAAGGCCCCGUAUCGCAUGGCACCUAAAGAAUUGGAGGAGCUAAAAGUACAAUUACAGGAGUUGUUGGAUAGAGGGUUUAUCCGUCCUAGUGUAUCUCCAUGGGGAGCUCCGGGGAGGUUGUGUGUUCCUGAAUCACCUUCUGUGAAAGAAGACCUACUUCAGGAGGCACAUCGGUCCAGAUUUGCGAUUCAUCCUGGUAGUACCCGCAUGUACAGGGAUUUGAGACGUUCUUAUUGGUGGACUGGCAUGAAGAAGGACAUUGCAUAUUUCGUUGCUCGAUGUCUUGUAUGUCAGCAGGUGAAGGCUGAACAUCAGAGACCCGCUGGUUUGCUUCAGAAGAUUCAGAUACCAGAAUGGAAAUGGAAGCACAUCACGAUGGAUUUCGUCGUGGGACUGCCCAGAACCCGACGAGCACAUGAUACGAUUUGGAGCCAUCAGCGUGAUGCAGAGAUGGUUCGUACUAUCAGGCGCAGGUUGUCAGAGGCUCAGGAUCGGCAGAAGAGUUAUGCGGAUCGUAGACGGAGACUGUUAGAGUUUGCUGUUGGUGAUCAUGUAUUCUUACGGGUAUCCCCAACGAAAGGAGUAAAAAGGUUUGGAUUGAAGGGUAAGUUGGCACCUCGCUAUAUUGGACCCUUCCAGAUUCUCGAGAGGAUAGGUGCGGUAGCGUAUCGGCUAGCGCUACCACCAUCACUUUCCGGGGUGCAUGAUGUUUUCCAUGUAUCUAUGCUGAGGAAAUACGUACCGCACCCUUCGCAUAUUCUCACAGGUGUAUCAGUUGUACUUCAGCUAGAUAUAUCUUAUGAGGAGAUUCCAGUUCGGAUUUUGGACUGCAAAGAGCGUCGGUUGCGGAACAAGACAAUUCGGCUGGUCAAGGUCGGAUGGCGGCACCAUUCAGAUGAAGAAGCCACUUGGGAGUUGGAAGAUAAGAUGCGGGCUAGUUCCCCACACUUGUUUACUGAAGGUGAGUAA